GUAGCACACAGGGAGCUAGGCCUGUUAGCACUUCCAGGGUUUAGAAAAUAUCCACGUGACAGUCUUUUCUCCUCCUCCUCCUACUGACAGCCUUUCCAGUUUAAUAGGCAAGACUCCCCAGCAUCCAGAGGACAGAAAUCGCAAGAUGUCUCAAAAGGAUGAGCCGCAGGACAAGGCCUACUUAGUCAGGAUUAUUUGCUUUAUCCUGGGGCUUGGAACUCUGUUACCAUGGAAUUUCUUUAUCACGGCUAUUCCAUAUUUCCAUGAACGUCUGUAUGGGAACUCCUCGGCGAAUGGGAAUUUGUCUGAUUCAGAAAACCUAAAGAGUGGAAAGGAUGCAUUUAAUUUUAAUAACUGGAUGACCCUGCUAGCGCAGCUACCCCUGCUUCUUUGUACACUCCUCAACUCAUUCAUUUAUCAAUGUGUUUCUGAAAGAAUUCGCAUAGCGGGCAGCAUGUUGGCUAUCCUUUCUCUCUUUAUCUUCACUGCUGUUUUGGUAAAGGUUGCGAUGGCUGCCCAGACCUUCUUCAGUUUGACUCUUGCCACUAUAUGGUUUAUCAAUGCCUUCUGUGCGAUUCUACAGGGUAGUCUGUUUGGGCUCCUGACUCUAUUUCCACAGCAGUAUAGCAGUUUGUUCCUCAGUGGUCAAGGAAUGGCUGGGAUGUUUGCUGCUCUGGCUAUGAUACUAUCCAUGUCAAGUGGCGCUGAUCAUGAGACCGUUGCCCUAGGUUAUUUCGUCACCCCUUGCAUUGGGACUUCCAUUUCAAUCAUAUGCUACCUUCUGCUUCCUCGUCUGGAGUUUGCACAGUAUUACCUCUCCAAAUCCAACACAAAUAGUUCAAAGAGUUAUGAAAUGGAGACAAAUACAGAAUUGUUACAUCAAGGAGAGGAAAAUGGAGACGCAGGGCAGAAGAAAGCUGUGUUACUGCUAAAAGAGGCAGAAGCUGGUGUAGGGGAGGGGAAGCCAGCUGUGUCUAUCUGCGCUAUUUUAAGAAAGAUCUGGGUGAUGGCUGUAACAAUUGUGCUCACAUUUGGAGUGACGUUGUCAGUGUUUCCAGCAAUUACUGCAGCAGUUACUACUAAUGUAAAAGAUGAUGAAACUUGGAGUCGUUUUUUUAAUCCUGUUUGCUGCUUCUUGAUUUUUAAUGUAAUGGACUGGAUUGGGCGGAGCCUUACCUCUAAAAUUUUGUGGCCUGGUCCUGACUGUAAGUACACACCAUUGCUGGCUGCCAGCCGCUUUAUCUUUGUACCUCUCUUCAUGUUCUGUAACAUCGAUGAUCGUCGGUAUCUUACCACCUUCUUCUACAAUGAUGCUUGGUUUGUCAUUUUCAUGAUGCUCUUUUCUGUCAGCAAUGGAUAUUUUGUAUCCCUACCAAUGUGCUUGGCUCCCAAGAAAGUAUUGCCACAUGAGAGUGAGACCACAGGUGCUCUCAUGACAUUCUUCCUUGCCUUGGGACUUUCAUUCGGAGCCGGUUUAUCCUUUGGCUUCAAAGAACUUUUAUAAAAGGAUAAAAAAGCU